AUGGAACGGGAGCAGGAGCGCAAGGUCCCACCGGGCCUCUUCCCGGGCUCCUCCACUGGGAAUUCCUGGGCCGGAUACCGGCGGGGCGUGCGGGAUGCCCAGCCCGUUUUGCGCGACGUCCUGGCCCUGCCCAUCUUCAAGCAGGAAGAAUCGAGUUUGCCCCCCGAAAACGAGAACAAAAUUCUGCCCUUCCAGUACGUGCUGUGCGCGGCCACGUCGCCCGCCGUGAAGCUGCACGACGAGACGCUCACGUAUCUCAACCAAGGGCAAUCGUACGAAAUCCGCAUGUUGGAUAACAGGAAGAUCGGGGAGUUGCCGGAGAUAAAUGGGAAGCUGGUGAAGAGCAUAUUCCGGGUGGUUUUCCACGACCGGCGCCUGCAGUACACGGAGCACCAGCAGCUCGAGGGCUGGAGGUGGAACAGGCCUGGCGACAGGAUACCGGACACAGAUAUCCCAAUGUCCGUGGGGAUCAUUGAUCCAAGAGCGAAUCCAACCCAGCUCAAUACAGUGGAAUUCCUGUGGGAUCCAACAAAGAGGACCUCGGUGUUUAUCCAGGUGCACUGCAUCAGCACGGAGUUCACCAUGCGGAAGCACGGAGGGGAGAAGGGGGUGCCCUUUCGCGUCCAGAUCGACACCUUCAAGGAGAACGAGAACGGGGAGUACACGGAGCACCUGCACUCUGCCAGCUGCCAGAUCAAGGUCUUCAAGCCCAAAGGAGCCGAUCGGAAACAGAAGACGGACAGGGAGAAGAUGGAGAAGCGAACGCCUCACGAGAAGGAGAAGUACCAGCCUUCCUACGAAACAACGAUACUCACAGAGUGCUCUCCCUGGCCGGAGAUAACGUACGUGAACAACGCGCCGUCCCCCGGCUUCAACAGCUCCCACAGCAGCUUCUCCAUCGGGGAAGGGAAUGGCUCCCCAAACCAUCAACCUGAGCCGCCCCCUCCGAUCGUGGACAACCUGCUGCCGACCAGCACGCCCCAAGAGGCCCAGCAGUGGCUGCACCGCAACCGCUUCUCCACCUUCUCCCGGCUCUUCACAAACUUCUCAGGUGCGGAUUUACUGAAGCUGACCAGAGAAGAUGUUAUCCAGAUCUGCGGCCCCGCGGAUGGCAUCAGGCUCUUCAACGCGCUGAAGGGACGGAUGGUGCGGCCCCGACUGACCAUCUACGUGUGCCAGGAGUCGCAGCAGCUGCGGGAGCUGCAGCAGCAGAAACACGAGGACGGCGACGCCACCGGCAGCACUUUCUUCGUGUACCACGCCAUUUACCUGGAGGAGCUGACGGCGCUCGAGCUCACGGAGAAGCUGGCCCAGCUCUUCAGCAUCUCCUCCCGCCAGAUCAGCCAGAUUUACAAGCAAGGCCCCACCGGGAUCCACGUGCUCAUCAGCGAUGAGAUGAUCCAGAACUUCCAAGAUGAAUCAUGUUUCGUUCUGGACACCAUGAAAGCUGAAACCAAUGAUAGCUACCACAUCAUCCUGAAAUAGGAGGACGGCCACGCGGAGA